AUGGAGGAAAUUAAAUAAUUAAUUGUUGAUUUAUAAAAACUAUUAAUUUGGGAAUCUGAGUUUGAUAGUAAAAAAAUUAUUAUUAAAGAAGUAGCUAGAUAUUUAAAAAUGUAUUAUAACUUUAUUAUGAUUAAGAAAUGUAACAUGAAAUUUUUAGGUAAAUCAAUAUAAUGA